AUGUCAGCAUCCUAUCCAACUAUAUCAACAACGAAGAAAAGAGUAUUAAAAAAGCUUAACGACAAACGCAAGGAGCCUCUUAUAACAACGCCCGUUGAACCCAUCAUAAAGAAACACAAGGACAAACCUGAUAAAAUUGUUCAGAUCAAUGAGUACAAGCUCAUAGUAUCCGUUGGAAAAGGCAGCGUAGGCAAAGUUUACUUAGCCAAACAUGUCAAAACCGGUGAAAAGUGCGCUGUUAAAAUAGUCGCAAAAGCUCCAGAAGAUGAGAAAGAUCUGAGACUCAGCUCACGCCACAAAGCAAGAGAUAAUAUGAAAAAGAACAACAGGAUGGUACGAGAGGCUUUCCUCCUCAAACUAAUGAAACAUCCACACAUUAUACGAAUGAAAGAGUUUAUCGAAUGUAAAGAUUCCUUCUAUCUCAUCAUGGAGUAUAUGGAAGGUAAACAGCUACUGGAUCAUAUUGUCAGCAAUCAGAGAUUAGAAGAUUCAGAAGCGCGCCACUUUGCAAGGCAGAUAGCCAGCGCUCUUGAUUACAUGCACCGCAACUCAAUUGUACACCGUGAUUUGAAAAUUGAAAAUAUCAUGCUAGACAAAUCUAAACGUAACAUAAAACUUGUCGAUUAUGGUUUAGCAAGCACCUUUCGUCCAGAAGGAAAAUUAGAAACCUACUGCGGCUCCCUCUAUUUUGCAGCUCCAGAAUUGUUAAAGGGAAAGCCGUAUUGGGGUCCGGAAAUUGACAUUUGGAGUUUUGGUUGCGUUAUCUAUUGCAUGGUUACGGGUUCUAUUCCUUUUGAGGAUCCAUCUGUCCCUCGGUUGCACGAUAAAAUCCGACGCGGUGUUUUUGCUAUCCCAGGCUUUGUUACAGUCAGCUGUGUCAAGUUAUUACGGGAAAUGAUCCAAACGAAUCCGGAUAAACGAAUCAAAUUGGCCGAUGUUAUGCGCCAUGAAUGGUUGAAUAAAGGCUAUAAGUAUUGCGUGAAGAAUUAUGUGCCGUAUCGUCUGCCCAUUUUAGGUGGAAUCCCUCUUGACAUGCUGAAAUUCAUGUCCGAAAAGUUAAAACUUGGUAAGGAAUAUCUAAUCAAAGGUAAAUGGGACUACAUUAUGGAAUCAAAAACACAUAGGUUACUUGCAAGAAAAGUGGCACGCUUAAAAGCUAGUGAAUCAAAACUGAAGACUGUGGCGGAAUUGAGAGCUGAACCUUAUGAUGACCCGCAAUAUCUUACACCGGCUUACCAUCCUCUCGUAUCUGUUUAUCAUUUAUAUUACGAGCAUCAACUUGGUAUAGAGGUGGUUCAGCAACCUGAUUUUCCAGAAGACCUAACUCCGGAUUCUUUGCUUUAUGGUGCUACUUCAGACUAUCAAUUUGGGCCUCGCUUUAAACCUACUGAAUACCCUCGCAAUGAGUACUUCGCCAGGAUACAUGGCGCUCCUUGUAGCUUUUUGGAUUAUGACGAUGGCAAUAGUCCGAAUACAGAGUCUUUAUCUCCCUCCUCACGUUUGACUACUGCUGCUUCCCCUUCAAUGGCUCCUCCGACUUCUGCCCGGAUCGUUGACAUUCUACCGCCGAUCGCCAACGCUCUUCCUCCAAUAGCCACCAUUACUUGUACUGCUUGUACAUCGCCAACUAGUACUAUUUCAACAACAUCGACUUCAAGGACAGCAAAAACGCAUUUCUCACCUAUUGUGCCAUCACCAAUGGUAGCAUCACCAACUGUUACUGUCGCUUCAGGAAGAACUCAAAACAGAUUUAUCCAAAACCUUUUUGAAUUCAAGCUUAAGUAG